GGCUGAUCGCGUGCGAGUCACAUGACCAGCGGCGCAGCAGAUUUGAAUUGUAGUUGUGUGUUUUCGUGUCGCACUUUGAAUGCGGAGCAGAAAAGAAGAUUUGUGAGUUUUCACCGGAACCUGAGGUCUGAUCCGGAUCAAUCCGUUUCCCCACAGAGAAGAACCAACGGCGGGAUGGACUGUCGAGCUAACAGCGAUCUGUUCUUUCUGCCCGACGAGAAGUUUGACUUCGACGUUUCUCUGUCACCUGCCAGCUCCACAGGCGACGCAGAUGAGGAUGAGGUGUUCAUAGGUCCGGUCUGCCACAAGGAGAGGUGCAUCUCUGUUAACGUGGCGUCUCGGCUCGAGGAUGGCGGCGGUGGCGUGCGGGUGAGCUGGAGCCCGCUGACUGGAGAUCAGCUGGAGGCUGUGUGUCAGGAAGCCCACAGACUGGCCACCCAGCUGCAGACCCGGGAUGACGAAGACGGCGACGAGACCACCGCCAUGAUCACAGACACUACAGCCCCCCGGGAGGAGUUCGUCCAGGACGCAGAGGCCAAACUGGGCGUGCUCGGUCAGACCGCCAGCGCACUCAGCCCCAUCAAACGCCAGACCUUCUGCGUGCAGGACAGUCCCAUGAAGCAGCUGCCCCCCGCCAUCCAGCGCCGCCUGCUGAGACAGAGCAACACCAAAUCAGCUGCGUCCACCCGCCCCACUGCCGCCGCCACCAACAACAGCAGAGCUUCAUCCACCCGCCUCUCCAGUGCAGCUUCAUCCACCCGUCCCAGCACCAGACUCAGCACCUCCAGCCCUGUCGCCGGGGUCAAGGCUCAGCCCAGGACGUCGCUGCGAGGGAAGGCGGCGCUCGGUGUGGGCAUCGUGCUGCCGAGCAAACCAGCCGCUCCGCCGGCUUCCUGUUCAACCAGCAAGAGCAGAGUGGAGAAAACCAGACUCCAACCACCGAGCAAGGUGGUGGGGGGUUGGAGGCGGAGCCCGACCUCUCGUCCCUCCAGCAGGGCGGAGUCUUGUGAAGAUCUGCUCUCUGAUUCAACGAGCGUGGCCUCUGAUAUCAGCGACUGCUCCCUCAACUCCAGCCUGCCGGGAAAACGCAUGCUGGCUCCACCCACCAAGAGCGUUGCGAGGAACUCGUCAGGUGUGAAAGCUCCACCCCUUCAGAGCAGGAGGAAGAACACGUCCUCGUCCUCAUCGUCGGUGUCCAGCUUCAACUCCAGCAUGUCUCUGUCCCCUGCUAAAGGUAAACCGAACUCUUCUCUGAACCGGAGUCUAAGCGGCUCCACUGGCCCCGCCCCCAGCAGCGUGAGCAGCAGACCGGCCAAUCACAGCAGACCACGUCGCUCCACCGUCUACACCGCCGCAGAACCAACAUCCUCCUCUUCCUCCACCGCUGCUGCCGGCCGCCGCUCGCUCUCUGCUCAGACCAGGAAGCCGUCUGAAGCCGAGCGCAUCAAAGCCAUCAGGUCCACGCCGCUGAAGAGAGCCGAGGCCACGCCCCUCCAGCUGACGCCCGCCAAGAGAGUUUUGGAGAGGACCUCCUCCGUCCCUCCCACCGCCACAGUCAGGCCGCAGAGCGGACUGAGAGCCAAACCUAAACCUGAAGCCGUGGUCGUACCGACGCCCAGCGGAGGAGUCAGAGGAGGAGUCCAGCACGGAGACGACGUCUCAAAGAUGAUGAAGCCAAAGAGACUGAUGUCGGCGAGCAGCGUGGACAGUCUUCCUCAGAAACCCUCUGCCGGUCCUUUGACGCCCUCUGCUGGCGGCGUCAGGUCACUGCAGAUGAAGGCGCGUCGUCCCUCCGCCCUCCCCACCCCGGUGAGACGCAGGGUGUCCGCCAUCCCCACGCCCACCAACCAGACCCGGCUCACCAGGCCGGUGCCACCCACCUCUGACACCGACGCCGCCCCCAGUCCCGGCUCUGUUCGGAAAGGAAGCAGCUACAGCCCCGCCCCUGCAGACACACAGGAGGCGGAGCCCGCCGACGCUCCCGACAUCCAGCCGUUCUGUCUGGAGGAGGAGCGGCCCCUCCCCUCCCCGCCCUGCAGAGCUCCACAGCCCGACCAAUCACAGAACACAGAUCCUGCAGCGCCGAGCCCGGGCCAAUCAGAGCCCGCUAGAAACCUGAUCGAACUGGAAACUACAGAGGAGAGCAACAGCAAGACACGAGAGGUUCUCCUGUUGGAUCUUCCACCUCCGGUUCUGCAGCCUCAGGAGAAACUGCUCAUCGACCUGACCAACACCCCCGACCUGAUCCGCACCAGCAGCAAGGCCUGCACCGCGGCUCAGCUGAUCGACCUGAGCUCUCCGCUCAUCAAGUGGAGUCCAGAGGACAAGAGGGAGAACGCCCCGCUCAUCAACCUGUCCUUCUGAUCCAGAUCCUCCUGAAGACCUGGACCUGAUGGUCUCUGCAGUAAACUGGACUCAGCAGGUUUCUGUUUUUAUCAGUGAAAUCUUUACUGAAUCAGAGUAUUAUGUUUUAAAUUAUGAAAAUAUUCAGAGGACGCUGAGGUUUUUCAGCACCUGAUUGUACUUUUCAUUGUCUGUCUCGCUGCUCUUAUUAAUGUCUGAAUAAAUGUUCUUAAUGUCACUACUGUAAA